GACAAAGCGGUUGUUUUUCAUGUACCUUUAGCUAAAGAAUGUUUGUGCUGUUAUCUGCUUAUAAGUAAUCGCCUUAAUUUUUCUCCACUUUCAAGUUGAUAUAGUACAUUAUAAAGUAAAUAUAAAGUGAUAUAAAAUCGCAUGAUUUUUUGUGUUUAGUGAAAAAACUUUGAUAUUGUAGAAAGAAAAGAAAUUUUAUCAGAGAUCUGUUGACAAAAGGAAACAAUAUACAAUAUGUUUCUUCAGCAGAAUGUUUCUUCCAAUACUCUUUUUAUAUUUUUUAACUGAAAAGCUUUUAUACCAGGAUUAUUAGGGAUUAAACGAAAAAAAUUAUAGAUCAGCUGACGCGGAAACACAAGACAAAAAUCAAUUUGAGAGUUUGAAUUGAAGACAAUUUUUCAAAGAAAUUGAUUUUCUCUGUCACUUCGAUAGCUGUCCACACCAUAACGUGUCUCAUAUUCAAAUCUGUGGAAAUAUAUUUAAUUUAAUAUGUAGGAAAUGUAUAUUAGAAAACUUUAUGAAUUUCUAGGUUGUGUGUAUAAAGCAAAAUGGUUAUCAAAAAAUCGCAUCGUUGCAUAUAAGGUGAUAAAUGUUCCACCGUCUACAAGAGUUCACGCCCUUGAAAAACGUUUUUUUAAAGAAUUAACAGCUUAUAUGGAAUUAUCAGGCGCUUAUAUAUUGAAAACAUAACGUUAUUGUGAUCAAAAAUUAUCAAAUGGUGGAAAAAAAUAUAUGCUCAUUAUGGAAUUUAUGGGAAAAGGUAGCUUGGCUAAUGUCAUAAAACAAGAAGCAAAAAUAUCAUUAAGACGAAAAUUAACAAUGGCCUGUCAUUGCUAGUGCUGUGAGAAAGAUACAUGAUCAUAAACUUAUUCACCGUGAUAUACGUCCCGAUAACAUUUUAGUAACAGAUAGUUAUGUAGCUAAAAUUGGUGAUAUGGGUAUCGCACGGGUCAUUGAUCCUGAUUGUCACCAUACACAAUUAGGUAACGUGAAAUUUAUGCCACCAGAAUUCUUUCAUGAUAAAUAUAAUGAAAAAUUAGAUAUAUUUACAUUUGGCUUAACAUUGAAUGAGUUGUUUACAGAAACAUCACAUGAUUUUAUAUUUUCCCAACACAAAAUUCAAUUACGAAAACAAAGUCCAAUAUUUACUGAAUUAAUUGCACGUUGUUUAGCUAAUAAUCCAGAAUGUCGACCAACAGCUAUUGAAAUAGAAAAAACGUUAACACUCUAUGAUCAUGGCUUUAGAAACUAUACUACAAAGAUGUCCAACGUGAAACAAAGAAUUUUGUCUACUCGCUAAAAAAAUCGAUCUGUUGAUAAGAAAGAUUUCUGCAGAGUCAAAACUGUUUCAAAGUUUUUUGAAAAGCAAGAUCAGUCUUCGUCAGAAACGUUGAAUCACAGACGAGUUGAUUGAAAAGCAAAAGGUUUUCAAAUGUGCUGAUUACACAAAAAAGGACCAAAUGAAAGAUUAUUCAAAAAUUUUAAUAUUUUUAUUGGAAAUUUUGUUUCACGGUUGAUGAGAAGAAAAUCGAUAAAUCUUUCUUUGUUCGCUACUAAUGCUAUUCAGUUCGAAAUGCUCGGCCAGCAUUUAUAAUGAAUGCAUAAGUGAAUUUAAUUAACUAGUACUAUAAGUAUUGCUCGCCAGUUUCUUGGUUCUAUGUAGGCCUGCAAAAGUUCAGCGUUCCCUUUCAACGUAACACUAAAGCACGUUCGCGUUCCUUGAACGUGAACGCUAAAUAUGACGUUUUUUGAACGUGAACGCGAAUGUUCUGGUGAACGUUAACGUUAUUUUAUAUGAACGGUGUUGAUCUUGUGUGGAAUGAAUAGUAUUGCAUAACGUUCUAUAGCAAUUUAGUGAGACAGCUUUCUCCAUUACCAGUUAUAUUUAGUGAAAACUCAACGCUCGUUUGUCCCAAAUGGGUUAGGAUAACAAAGAAAAAUGUAUGCAGUUACUGUAACGUUUUUGACCAAGGAACUUCGGUUCCAGUGCCGGAAAAACUAGUUUUCUCGUCAGGAAAUUCGCGAUUUGUUCUUCGAAGAAUCAAUGUCUUGAUCAGAGAAUCAAUGGGUAUCCUUUUUACAUAAUCUGGUUUGCCUGA